AUGGCUCCCUUCAACGACAUGACUAGACUCAUUCUUGAGAAGCGCUUACCGGAACCUGCAACGACACGGACUUCGCCGCCUACGAGAGCCAGUUUGAGUACGGAAGGAGGGUUUCUGGAAGCUUGGGCGCAAGGCUAUAAUGUUGGGAGCCUCGUCAUUCUGAUCUUGAUAGUGUUUUGCAACUAUCGACCGGGCAUAUGGCUUCAUAAGCUCAUUCUUCUUGAAGUACAUGAAGCAGAUCUACAAUCACCUUCAUACACUAACAACGCACAGCUUGUUCUCGCUAUCGGACACGGAACGUUCAUCUUUGUAAGGGACCCAGCGUAUGGAUGGUAUCUUUCGGCAACCGCAACUCUUCUCUUCAUAUCAUACGUCCUUCACAACGUUGUAUCCUGGUUGAAGAUCAGGCCGUUCCUCCCUCGAUGGGGGUCUCGCUUCUUCAUCAUCUCGCUCAUCUGCGUCCAGCCCUUCUGGAUCGCCGAAGCCUGGUCGAACUUCGCAUACUUCAACAACCUAGGCUCCGACGCAAACAUUCGCACCCGUCCAUGGGAAGCACUCCUCCGCGACCCCUGGUGGAUCUUCACAACAUGGAAGCUCGUCAACUCCAUCAAGAAGACCUAUGGCUUCAAACUCUGGGCCCUGAUGCGCAUCAACACGCGCUUCGGCAUCAUGUUGCUCUGCAUGCUCCUCUCCAUCGCCUUCCUCCUCACCGACGUCGUCGUCAGCGCCGCCAAACUCACCGCCAGCAGCGGCAUAAACCCGUACUGGCGCUUCGCCCUCGUUUUCAAAUGCGCCUCCGACACCAUCUUCCUCGACGACUUCAAAUCUGUGCUCGACGACAUCGUCGCGCGCAAAUUCAGCUCCGCGGGCAACGGCGUGCACCGCUCCUCCAUCGGCCGCUCCCCGCAUAGAGGAAGCGUCAGCCGCAAACGCUCACAUUCUGACGUCCGCGGCGACGAAUUCAUCGAGUGCGUGGCGCUGGAGGAUCCGUUUCAACGGCCGGCUUCGCCGCCGAAAGGAAAGUUUCUCUUCCCGUUCAACAAGGAGAAGAGGACGUCGGUGCCGAAAAUACAUGUCCAGCAUGAGACGACGGUUGGUUCUGAACAGGCGCGCAAGCCGAGUCAUGAGAGUUGGGGGAGUGGGAGUACGGCGAUUACGAGGCCGGCGCAUGCGGUCUAUGGGGGUGAGAAUAGCAGGGCGAAGGAUAGUGAUGCGAGUCUUUUCAAUGGGCGGAUGUUCGGCUGGCCAGAGGCUUCUUGCUCGGAGUCGCAGCAGCCACAGAGCUGGGUUGCGAAUCUGAUACAGCAUAUGUACAGAGCCUGGCACCAGCACAAUCUGCUCAUCGCAGAGCACAAAAAGUCCUCCACCACAGGCAGGCACCGAACCCACAACCGGAACGACUACAACUGCAUCCACGGCCAGACCGGCGACUUCAAUCACAAUCUACACACCAGCGACAACGGCCGAUUCAUGGCAAUGCGCAACCAAGAACGUCUCCGACUAUCUGAAGCCACCCAUGCCAACUGGCCAGCUUCUCAACACUUACUACGAGCAUUCCGACAAAAAAUCUAUGAAGAGUGCGAAGAUAAGCCAUCGAUUGCGUGUCCUUCGGUCGCGAAGGAAAGCUGGUGCGCACUCUCGACGGCCGUGCCUAGCUCGGAUGUAGCAGAGUUCCGCUCGUAUACCAGCGUCGCUUCAUCCUGGUGGGCAGCGCAUAGCUCUGCGUUUGCGGAUUUGAAGGAGGAAUGUCCCGAUACGUGGGAGAGUGCGAAGAUGGAUGUUCCCAGCGGUGAGGUCUGGCUUGAUGCGACGGAGGCUUUUGCGGACUGUGAGGGUGAAGGAAAAGCUGAGUCGGGAAAGGAUGCGAAGGAGGAAGUCAAGUCUGAGGUUUCUGUGCCGGCUUCCGCGUCGACUUCUGCAUCGGUCACGGAUAGUGCUUCUCCAAAAGCUAAGAUUGAUAUUGGUAGUAAGGGACUUGUAGUCGCCGUGUUGAUACUACAAGCUGGAGACGAGCAUCCGGAUAACCUUCUCGUCUCAUCCGAAGGCAUGGAGGAAGAAUUCGACGGCAGGAUUCCGCCACACUGUGUUGGCCUCGUUCAUGGCGGGUAUUUCAUGGGCAACGAAGACCCAGACGUUAUCUUGCUGGACACGAAGUGUGGAGUCGCCUAUUACAUGAAUUGCCCAGCACGAGUCAGGGAGACUGCGGUGCCGAAGGAUGGGUAUUUCAUGUAUCCGCUCGAGGGCGAUGCGCUUGCAGCGACUGAGGCUGGGGAUGAAGAGGGAGACGGAGCCAGUGGCAAAGAAGAAGACGACGAUGGCAAUGCUGGUGAUGUUGAAAGCGAAAACGAAGACAGCGACGACGAUGAAGAGGGUUCAGAAGAAGACGAAAUCCAAUGGGGUCCAUGCUGGCCCGUCCGCUACUUUUUCGAGAUGCUCAAGAACCAAUAUCGCCAACUGAACUUCAUCCUCAUGAACGCACAUGACGUUAUCGACGUCUAG